AAGGAGAAUAACCUGCUGCCCACUCUGUAAUGGUGUUGACGGUGAAGUCAUUAUCAUGCAGUCACGAACUUCGUUUUCUUAAGCAGACCUGCUGCCCUCUAUGCAAAGGUGUUGACUCCUCAAAUCCCUGUUUUACCCUUGGAAGGAGACCCUGAUGUUUAAUAUCAAAGAAGAAUUUAUCUCCUAACAAAUCCAACCAUCCAUUGCCGCAAGCAAGAAGCUCUUCCCAACAUCAUUAAAUGACUUCCACACCGGUAUCAGUUUAUUUUCUGAUACUUUUAAUAUUUUGCUUGAAUCCCCUAGCCAUGGCUGUAGAUGAAAACCAGUUCGUGUACAAUGGCUUCCAUGGAGCCAAUAUUCACCUUGAUGGAGCGAAAAUCCAUUCCAAUGGUCUUUUGCAGCUAACCAACACUUCAAAGCAACAAAUCGGUCGUGCUUUCUACCAGCUUCCAAUAAGAUUUGAUACAUCUUCGUCCAGGUUAGGCCAAGAUCUUUCAUUUUCCACCCAUUUUGUGUUUGCCAUUGUUCCUGAGAUAACAAAUCUUAGUUGUUGUGGAAUGGCCUUUGUGAUCUCACCAUCUACGGACUUCACCCAAGCCCUAGGAAUGCAGUAUUUUGGGCUCCUCAAUAUUUCUAGCAAUGGGCAACCUUCCAACCAUCUAUUGGCAAUUGAGCUCGAUACCCUUACAAAUACUGAAUUCAAUGAUACAAAUGAUAACCAUGUUGGAAUUGAUAUUAACAGCUUAGUAUCAAAUGUAUCUGCUACCGUCAUGUAUUACUCCAAUAGGGAACGAAUAAAUCGGAGCUUGCAGCUUGUAAGUGGGAGUCCAAUGCACGUUUGGAUAGAUUAUGAUGGGUUUGAGAAUGUACUCAAUGUUACAUUAGCUCCUAUUAGAAGCCCAAAACCAGAUCAGUCUCUUUUGUCAACACACAUCAAUCUUUCUUCAAUUCUGUUGGAUUCCAUGUAUGUUGGUUUCUCUGCUGCUACAGGAAUAUUAGUUACAGGGAACAACUAUAUUCUUGGUUGGAGCUUCAAUAAAAGUGGGAAAGCACAGGGCCUCGAAAUUUCAAAGCUUCCUUCACUUCCUCAUCAAAAAAAACACGGUCUAGGAACUACAGGUCUAGGAAUUAUAGUGUCAAUGACAAUAGUAGUCAUUGGGCUGACUAUCACAAUUAUUGGGGCAUUUUAUGUGUUGAGGAGGAAAAAGUAUCAAGAAGUACGUGAAGAUUGGGAGAGGGAAUAUGGCCCUCAUAGGUUUUCCUAUAAGGAUCUCUUCAAAGCUACCAAAGGUUUCAUAGAUGAAGAGCUUCUUGGAGCAGGAGGUUUUGGAAAGGUUUAUAGAGGAGUACUUAAAUCUUCAAAGGAACAAGUUGCAGUCAAGAAAGUCUCCCACAAUUCAAAACAAGGGAUGAGGGAGUUCGUGACCGAAAUUGUUAGCAUGGGAAGGCUAAGGCACAGGAACUUGGUGCAGCUCCUUGGCUAUAGUCGGCGGAAGGGAGAGCUGCUUUUGGUCUACGAUUAUAUGCCAAACGGAAGCCUUGACAAGUUCCUAUUUAGCAAUGAAAAGCCGGUCCUCAACUGGGCACAACGUUAUCGUAUCAUCAGAGGAGUAGCAUCCGCCCUUCUGUAUCUUCACGAAGAAUGGGACCAAGUUGUUCUUCACAGAGACGUGAAGGCUAGUAAUGUUCUAUUGGACUCUGAUCUAAACGGAAAGCUAGGGGAUUUUGGUCUUGCAAAAUUAUACGAUCAUGGAGAAAACCCAGAAACAACCCAUGUGGCGGGGACAGUUGGGUACCUUGCACCAGAGCUUACUAGAACCGGAAAGUCAACGACAAGCACUGAUGUGUUUGCUUUCGGUGCAUUCAUUCUCGAAGUAGCUUGUGGAAGGAGGCCAGUGCAGCUACAACAGUUGCCUAACGAGGUGAUUUUGGUUGAUUGGGUUUUCGAGAAGUGGAAAGAGGGAGCGAUUCUCGUGACAAGUGAUCCUAGAUUGGGAGGAGAUUAUUUGGAGGAGGAAAUGGAGUUGGUUUUGAAACUAGGCCUGCUUUGCUCAAGGUCUAAUGCAGUGACAAGACCUAGCAUGCGGCAAGUGAUGCAAUACCUUGAUGGAGAUGCCCUAUUGCCGGAGAUAAUUCACGAUAGCAUAAGUGUUGGUACAACAGGUCUAGGUAAUGAAGCAUAUUCUGAUUUUAAUAUGCCAUUUCCAUCAACCAUUGUGAAGUGUUCUGCUCCCUCUGUAUCAAGCACAGAGUCAAUACUCACUAGCGGUCGGUAAAUUUGAAAGUUUCCAGUGCCUUGGAUAAUGCUAGUCAUGCAGGUGCGUAUUAAUGCUUAUGGGAAAUAACGUAUUAUUAUUAUGCUGAGAAAACUUUUUAUCUUUUGGUCAAAGAGUCUAGUUAUUUUUGUAUUUCUUUUAAGAAUCUUUCUAUCAUUUUCCUUGAGUCUAGUUGUCUUUUCUUUUCUAUAGGAGUCUUCCUAGUAGUUUGGAGUCAAAGUCUUGUUUACCUUUUAUUUAGAGUCUUGAAAAUGUAAUUGCUUUUAUUCCUAUUCUUGGAGGGAUGUUCAAGAUAUCUAUUGAAGGCUUUAGCCAUGAAUGAAAAGGAGUUUGAGUUGAUUAUUGAA